GACGCGAAAAAAAAAAUAAAGGACGGGGAAAGGGAAAAUUCGAAAGGCGCCAAUUUCCUUCUCAUCUCAGUGAACCUUCUCCUUCUCCUUCUCCUGCAAAGUCUGACCUAAGUUUCUCUCAAUUCCUCGUCGGCGAUGGAGAACGCGGAAAUAUUGAAGGCGGAGUGGGUAUUCCCCGAUCAGUACAUGGAGAAGCGGCGGCUGUUUCUGCGAAGCUACCACUUAUCGCGGAAGCGGAGCGCGGCCGACCGGCUUCGGAUUUCGGCCGUGCGCGUGCGGCGGCUCGUCUGUGUCCGUCUCCGCGCCGCUCGACGCGUGCCUCGCUUGCUCUGUUCGCUACUUCGCUCGGCUCUGCUUCGCCGCCGCUUCCACCCUCUCGCUUCGUACUGCUAGGAAAUGGUGGUGGGUGGAAGCCGUCCAUGUGCUUUUGUCGCUUGCGGAGAUGGGAACAUAUGAAGAAGGUUGUAUUGAUUGAAACCUGCUGAUUUUCCCUUUUUUUUAGAACCUCUGUUCUCCCUCUUUCUGUUGGCACCGUUUUGUGGAAUUUUGGAUGAAUCCAAGCCUUCUACGGCUCAAUCGCUAUGUUUGCAAUAAACGAAAGUUGUCUGAAAUGAA